UAUUCCAUCCACGGUUAGUGCUUCCUCUGACUGCGGACCGCUGUCAAUGUUUGAACUGGAGCAGAAAACGGCAACACUGGGAGAGCCUCAAGAUUAAUGACGCGGUGGCUACUCGCAUUCGCCGCUCUAGCGGCGGCGUUAGCAGAAGCUACACCACCGACUCCAAAAGCCCCUUUACUCCUACCUACCAAGAUCAAGAGCUGCAUCGAGCACUGCAAAUGCAAGCUCAACAAGCUGGCCGUCAUUGAGUGUGAUAGACCGAUCAUCCUGAACUCCACGACAUUCAGGUACAUUAACAAACCCCAGACGUCAACUGUCAGCUUCGAGAACGUCAUCAUUGACCAGAUCGAAGAAGAUGCUUUCAGUGACUUCCCCAACUUAGGUGACAUCUUAAUUUUGAACUCGCAUAUCGGUUCCAUCGACGCCAAGGCAUUUAACAAUGUGAAGAGGGUCAAGUUUGCAAGGUGCAGGUUUGAAGAUCGGCCAGACUUGGUUUCAGAGAAGAUGGAGGAGCUUCACUUUGGUGAAUGCCAGUUGGAAGAGAUUCCAAAGCUGAACGGGCUGUUGAAACUUACGUUUUUGAAUCUCACAGGAAACUACAUCAAGGAUAUCGAUAUCGAUGCCUUCGCUGAGCUAUUUGAUCUUGAAGAGUUGUAUCUGUCUAACAAUGAGAUCUUUAAGAUACCGCCCACGCUCUUUAUCAACAACGACAACUUGGCUGGAUUGUACCUAGACAAUAACCAACUCCGCCAUUUCUAUCUGAACACGUCAGAGAACUUGGAAACUCUGUCUUUGAAAAAUUGUUCUUUAGAGUUAUUUGACGAGAAAUCUGCUCAGCGCCUCUCAGAUUUGAACGACCUCAAUCUGAGUCACAACAAACUCAAAACGAUUACUGGAAGAACUAUGUCGUUCAUGAAAGAAUUGGCAAUAAUAAAUUUGUCUCAUAACAAGCUGUCGAAAUUGGAUGAUGAUAUUUUCGCUUAUAACACAAACCUUAUGAAAAUUGUUCUGGAUGGCAACAAUUUCGAAGCGCUACCCAAUUUCUACCUUCACAAUGGAGAUUUCAUCGCAUAUUCAUUCUCCUGCAAGCACUGUGGUCUGAAGACUCUCCCAGCAAGUGCUUUCAAGCACAUGAAGAGCAUGACAAGCUUGGAGCUGUCUCACAACAAGCUCAUGAAUGUAGAUAACUCUUUCCAGAACAUAACAAGCUUGAAACUGCUUGACAUCUCUUACAACAAUGUUGUAUAUUUUGCUCCUUACACUUUCGUGAACAACAAGAAUCUAGAAUACUUGAACAUCGCUGGUAAUCCAUUGAUGACUCUUAACCCAGAAGUGUUCGCAGUAAUGCCCGUACUUAAGUUGAUCAACGCAAGAAAUGCAACACUGAGCAAACUCUGGUCGAACUACAACAAGUCUCUGAAAGAUCUACAGAAGCUUCUGCUCAGCGACAACCGUUUGACUUCUCUGAGCAUAGAUGACUUCAGGAUCACACCCUCACUGACUGCUAUCGACUUGUUCAACAAUCCUUUGGUCUUCACAGAAAAGCUGUGCAAGGUUCUGAAUUGGUUGGAUUUAAAAGGAGUCAAUCCUAUUGAGAAGUUCAGGAGCUACGAAUUUCCAUUCGACGAUAGCUAUGAUAUAAUCAUGUCUUGGACACAACUGCACAAUAACAAUUGUCAAGUACAGUCAACGACAACCGUAACGACUAUUCCCAUCGAUGAUGAAGACAAUGAUGACGACGAUGAUGAUACAACUGAUCGUUACGAUGAAGCUUAUUACGACGACGAAGAUGAUAUUGUUGAAGAAGAGGUUAAGAAAUUCGCUGAAAGCAACUUUACCAGAGCUUCUUACAUCCUGUCCAUAACAUCAGCGUUUGUUUUGAGUGCUGUAGUCGUGUUAACAGUCGCAGUAACUCUUACCUUGUGCAUUCUGAAGAGGAACAGCAACUUCAACAUGCAUGAAGCAAACCUUCCGAGGGUGAAGAUUCCAUUGUGGAACACCACUCCAGGUCAGAAGAAGCAUAGUGGUUCUGUGUACCGCCCAUUGUCAGAAGACCUUUCUGGUCCAAAAACUCCAAAAUUGAGCCGUUACGAGUUCACAGCUACACCCACAGUACACUCUUCAAACCCUUGAGAGCACUUUAAAAACUUUGGAAGCUUGCAUAGCUGUGGUUAGUUGUUAGCUGAAAUGGCAUCGAGAAAAAGGAUCCUAGAUUUACUCCAGGUUGUGGAACAAAACUCGUGUAAGUGUCCAGCACAUUCUCAUACAGGUAAAGUACAUGCCAGUUCUACAAGUUCUCCCUCCAAGGACUAUGCCUUUGAGAUGGCUUCAUCCACCGUAAGAUAUGGCGUUGGAGUAACAAGGGAAGUUGGUAUGGAUUUGGUAAAUUUAGGUGCAAAGAACGUUUGCGUAGUUACAGAUCCUCACAUAGCAAAGUUACCGCCCCUCAAAAAUACCGUCGAUGCCCUUACCAAAAAUAAUGUGAAGUUUGAUGUCUAUGAUAAAUCUAGAGUGGAACCCACUGAAGAAAGCCUUAUGGACGCCGUCAGGUUCGCAAAAUCGCAAGACUUUGACGCUUUUCUCGCUGUGGGAGGUGGGUCCGCUAUGGACACUUGCAAAGCUGCCAAUUUAUAUUCUUGUGACCCAGAAGCAGAUUUUCUGGAUUAUGUGAAUCUCCCAAUUGGAAAGGGAAAACCUAUCACAGUGCCUCUUAAACCCUUAAUAGCCAUACCGACAACAUCUGGCACUGGCAGUGAAACCACUGGUGUAACAAUCUUCGACUACAAGCCUUUAAAAGCAAAGACAGGGAUAUCAAAUCGAGCCCUGAGGCCGAUUUUGGGUAUCAUAGACCCUUUACAUACACUGUCACUACCAGAAAGGGUGAUAGCGUAUGCGGGCUUCGACGUAUUUUGUCAUGCCUUGGAAUCAUUUACGGCUAUUCCUUACAAUGAAAGGUCACCAUGUCCAGAAAACCCACGACUUAGGCCCACAUACCAAGGAAGUAACCCCGUUUCCGAUGUGUGGGCCAGGUUUGCCCUGAAGAUAAUCAGAAAAUAUUUUGAAAGAGCUGUGUACAGGCCUGAUGAUCUCGAAGCAAAAUCAGAAAUGCUCUUAGCAUCAACAAUGGCUGGGGUAGGAUUUGGCAAUGCAGGUGUCCAUCUUUGCCAUGGACUGUCCUAUCCAAUAUCUGGAAAUGUUAAAAGUUUCUUGCCUGAUGGAUAUAGUAAAGACCACCCGAUAAUACCGCACGGUCUGUCUGUGGUAAUGAGUUCGCCUGCAGUCUUCGAAUUCACAGCUAGUGCUUGUCCAGAAAAGCACCUAGAAGCUGCGGAGCUGCUUGGAACAGACGUCAGAAACGCUCGCAGAAAUGAUGCUGGCGCUAUUUUGUCCGAUACCAUGAAGAAGUAUAUGAACGUCAUGCAGAUCGAAAAUGGACUUUCUGCCCUUGGCUUCAAUAAAGACGAUAUUCCAAGCCUGGUCAAAGGGACGUUGCCACAGGAGCGUAUUACGAAAAUGGCGCCUAAGGAACAAUCGGAAGAAGAUCUAAGCACCCUGUUUGAAAAAUCGAUGAAAAUUUAUUGAAGGUGCUACAUAACUGAAGUUAAUAAUUCGCCAGUGAAUAUAUUGUAGUUUUUUAUUUUCUGUACAUUCACGUAUUUGCAAUAUAGUCUUCCAUAAUAAUAAAUGCUAUAUUUUUUACUAUUAGAUCUAGGAAUCGAAUAUAUAGCAGAUUCUGUUACCUUGAUACGAUUUAUUUCACACCACACCCACAUCCACCAGAGGGCCUUGUUUUAAGAGUUGCUACUAUACGCUUUACAAUUUUAAAUAACUACCCCGAUAGCACGAAAUGUUCAUUAAAUAUUUA